GGCAACACAAAGGAAAGCAACUAUAUAUGCUGUCGUCACUGAGGUCAACCAUUCUGAAGGAAAAUGGCGACUGCCUAUGAGAGAUACAAUUUGCACACAACCCCUGAAAAGUUCUUCAUUGAGGCCUGUGAUGAAGGAGCUGAUGCCGUCCUGGUCAUUGACCGGGUUUCAAAUGAAAUGACCCUCACAGGUAGAAAUGAUAUUCCUCCCUCUGCUGUCACCAGACCUAUCUGUGGGAUCAUGGGAACUAUUCGUCUGGUUGCAGGGAUGUACCUGAUUGUCAUCACCAGGAAGAGGAAUGUAGGCAACCUUCUUGGCCAUGCUGUGUGGAAGGCUGUGGACUUUGAUGUGAUAUCCUAUAAGAAGACAGUGCUACAUCUCUCAGAAAUCCAGUCUCAGGAGAAUAAGACCUUCCUGGCUAUGAUUAACAAUGUGCUGAAUACAGAUGGCUUCUACUUCUGCACUGACUUUGACCUAACACACACGCUGCAGCGACUGGCCAACACCAGUCCUGACUUCCAGGAGAUGAGUCUGCUGGAGAGGGCAGAUCAGAGAUUUGUCUGGAAUGGUAACCUUUUAAGGGAACUUGCUGGACAGCCUGAGCUUCACAGAUUUGCACUACCUGUUAUUCAUGGAUUCAUUGUUAUGAAGCCAUGCCGUAUAAAUGGGAAGAUCUUUGAGUGGAUCCUCAUCUCCAGGAGAAGCUGUUUCCGGGCUGGUGUGAGAUACUAUGUUAGAGGUAUUGAUUCUGAAGGCCAUGCUGCUAACUUUGUGGAGACUGAGCAGAUAGUUCUGUAUGAGGGAGCAAAGGCUUCCUUUGUGCAGACACGAGGCUCUAUGCCGUUUUACUGGAGCCAGAGGCCCAAUCUGAAGUACAAGCCUAAACCUGUAAUCAGCAAAACCAUGAAUCAUAUGGAUGGUUUCCAGAGGCACUUUGACUCACAACUACUCAUCUAUGGAAAACAAACUGUUCUGAACCUGGUGAAUCAAAAAGGGUCAGAGAAGCCACUGGAAGAGGAGUUUGCCAAGAUGUCGUCUGGUCUUAACAACGGUAUGAUCAACUACUUGGCCUUUGAUUUUCACAAAGAGUGCAGUCACAUGAGAUGGGACCGUCUUCAGAUCCUAGUGGAUGCUGUAGCAGAGACACAAGAUGAAUACAGCUACUUUAUGGUGAACUCAGAUGGAAAGAUAUUGACCCAGCAGAAAGGAGUUUUCAGGAGUAAUUGCAUGGACUGCCUAGACAGGACCAAUGUCAUUCAGAGCCUGCUGGCCAGAUGCUCACUUCAGUCACAGCUUCAGAGAGUGGGAGUUCUAAAUGUGGGUCAGCGCAUUGAAGAGCAGGCUGAGUUUGAAAAAGUCUACAAAAAUGCUUGGGCUGAUAAUGCCAAUGCAUGCGCUGUGCAGUAUGCUGGGACUGGAGCUUUAAAAACAGACUUUACAAGGACAGGGAAGAGGACCAGGUGGGGACUCUUGCUGGAUGGGUGGAACUCCAUGAUUCGCUACUACAAAAACAACUUUUCAGAUGGAUUCAGACAGGACGCUAUUGACCUUUUCCUGGGUAACUUUGCUGUUGAUGAGUCAGAGGGACCCACUCCUCUUCGUACGAAGAAGGACUGGAAGUUCCUAACACUUCCCAUUGUCAUGCUGGUUGCAUUCUCCAUGUGCAUUGUUUCUCUUCUUUUGGCUGGUGACACCUGGACAGAGACUUUUGCUUAUGUAAUGUUCUGGGGGAGCGCCAGUGCAAUCACAGCCACUGUCAUCUUGUUUAAUGGACAAGAUUUUGUAGACGCCCCGAAGUUAGUUCACAAAGAAAAGAUGGACUAAGUGUAUUUGUAUGUUUGAGGUGGGUGAGACAUAAUCAAAUAUGUGCUCCACUACUUCAUCUUCACUGAUCUGAUGUUAACUCUGGUGUCUGUGUGGUUCUCCAGACUUUAGUUUUUCUAAUGUUUGAUGACAGUCAACCUUCUUCAAACAUGUAUUCAUAACCGUGAAUCAUUCUGUACAUUUAUGUACCUAUAUUAAUCAUUAUUAAUCAUUCCAUAUUCUUGUUUCCCUAGUUUGUUAUAUUUGUUUUGCUUUGUACUUUGAUAAAAAAAAAACUCUUCUAAUUCA